AUGGGGAUGCUGAAUGUGCUCGGGAAGAACGUGAGCUCGGUGCAGGGCGCGGAGUGCCAGCGCCAGCGCAGAAUCGUGACGAUUCCGUUCAAUGAGCAGAACAAUCGGAUUGCUUUUGAUGAGGCGCUAAGACAGGGUGAGGGGAUGAUUGGGCAUUGGAUGUCGCGACCUGGGAAUAUUACGGAGGAUGUGCUGGAGGACUGGAAGACUUUUACGUUGAAUGUGCUCGCUGGUGCUGGAUUUGGCAGAUCGGCGCCUUUUGCUAGCUUUAACAAGCAGCAGAGAACUACGGAUAAUGGCUUCGCAAGGAACAAUAGGGAUGACCUAUCGACGAUAUUGGAUUACAUUUUCCUGAUCUUAGUGUUGGGUCCGAAAUUGCUCACUGCCCCAUGUAUGCCCAGAGCCGCUUCUAGGAUCGGAUACGCCGUUGCAGAUUUUAAGAAGUAUGUCAGCAACAUCGUAUCUGAAGAAAAGAGUUUGAUAAGGCAGGGAAAGUCGUCUGCUUCAAGCCUGGUCGCUUCCCUCAUUCGAGCCUCCGAGCAGGCUGGCACCAAAGAGGGCACCAAAGCGGCGCUCUCCCAGAGUGAGAUAUUUGGGAAUAUAUUCAUCUUUCACUUUGCAGGGUACGACACGACCGCCUUGUCACUAUCGACGGCUUUUGUGUUUCUUGCAGCGUGUCCUGAUGUUAAAGACUGGAUUUCGGAAGAGAUCCGCCAUUACGAAACACUCCGCCUCUACAACCCGACCCUCGGCAUCCUCAAAAUGUCUACGCUCACCACCCCCACCACCCUCACAAUCAACAACCUUCCCUACACGCUUCCCCUAGAAACAAUCUUCGAUGUCAACUCCAUGGCCCUAGCAACGCACCCACGCUACUGGGGCGCCGACUCCCUCGCGUGGAACCCAUAG